CGCAGGUCCCCGGGGGCGGCUGCUGCCCGUCUCCCCGAGACCCAGGGCCCCGAGCGCUGAGCCCCUUGUUUCUUCGGCUGCGGCGGGAUCCGGCAGCUGCGCAGCCUCCGCUGCUCCCGGCCGUGCGGGCCCCGCGGAGCAUGUGGGAAGAGAGCGACAUGGAGAAAGCCAUCAAGGAAACCUCCAUUUUAGAGGAAUACAAUAUCAAUUGGACUCAGAAGCUGGGAGCUGGAAUUAGUGGUCCAGUUAGAGUCUGUGUGAAGAAAUCUACCCAAGAACGGUUUGCACUGAAAAUUCUUUUUGAUCGUCCAAAAGCUAGAAAUGAGGUACGUCUGCACAUGAUGUGUGCCACACACCCAAAUAUAGUUCAAAUCAUUGAAGUGUUUGCUAACAGUGUACAGUUUCCUCAUGAGUCCAGCCCCAGGGCUCGACUCUUAAUUGUAAUGGAGAUGAUGGAAGGGGGAGAGCUAUUUCACAGAAUCAGCCAGCACCGGCACUUUACAGAGAAGCAAGCCAGCCAAGUAACAAAGCAGAUAGCUUUGGCUCUACAGCACUGUCACUUGUUAAACAUCGCACACAGAGACCUCAAGCCUGAAAAUCUGCUCUUCAAGGAUAACUCUUUGGAUGCCCCAGUGAAGUUGUGUGACUUUGGAUUUGCCAAAAUUGACCAAGGUGACUUGAUGACACCUCAGUUCACCCCAUAUUAUGUAGCACCUCAGGUACUGGAGGCACAGAGAAGGCAUCAGAAGGAGAAAUCUGGCAUCAUACCUACCUCGCCAACACCCUACACUUAUAACAAGAGCUGUGACUUGUGGUCCCUAGGGGUGAUUAUCUACGUGAUGUUGUGCGGAUACCCUCCUUUUUACUCCAGACACCACAGCCGGACUAUCCCAAAGGAUAUGCGGAGAAAGAUCAUGACAGGCAGUUUUGAGUUCCCAGAGGAAGAGUGGAGCCAGAUCUCAGAGAUGGCCAAAGAUGUUGUGAGGAAGCUCUUGAAGGUCAAACCAGAGGAAAGACUUACCAUCGAGGGAGUGUUGGAUCACCCCUGGCUCAACUCAACUGAGGCCCUGGAUAAUGUGCUACCCUCUGCUCAACUGAUGAUGGAUAAGGCGGUGGUUGCAGGAAUCCAACAGGCCCAUGCAGAACAGUUGGCCAACAUGCGAAUCCAGGACCUGAAAGUCAGCCUCAAACCCCUGCACUCUGUGAACAACCCCAUUCUAAGGAAGAGGAAAUUACUCGGCACAAAGCCAAAGGAUGGUGUUUAUAUCCACGACCGUGAGAAUGGAGCCGAGGAUUCAAAUGUUGCCUUGGAAAAGCUCCGAGAUGUGAUUGCUCAGUGUAUUCUCCCCCAGGCUGGAGAGAAUGAAGAUGAAAAGCUGAAUGAAGUAGUUCAGGAAGCUUGGAAGUAUAACCGGGAAUGCAAACUCCUAAGAGAUACUCUGCAAAGCUUCAGCUGGAAUGGUCGUGGAUUCACAGAUAAAGUAGAUCGACUAAAACUGGCAGAAAUUGUGAAGCAAGUGAUAGAAGAGCAAACCACAUCCCACGAAUCCCAAUAAUGACAGCUUCAGACUUUGUUUUUUAACAAGUUGAAAAUUUAUUCAUUAAUGUAUAAAGUAAUUUGUAUGUAAAUUAAUAAAUCAUAAUUUCAUUUCCACAUUGCUUAAAGAUGCUGUAUAAAUUUAGAUACAGGAUUUACUAAUAGUAUAGUUCAUUUGUUUUUAAGAAAAGCUCAGUUCCUAAUAUAUUAUUACUUUAGGAUUGUUUAGUCAUAUAUGGUAAAGCUGACAGAUGGUAUUGUCAAGCAAGAUUGUUUUAUUUGUAAUAAAGUAUACAAAAACCAUUUGCCAGUGGUAGGCAAAGGACCAACUAUACUGACCUUAGUAAACAGUUGAAUCAA